AUGUGUGUGUCGAGGUGUCUGCGCCGGCUCCUGGCUCGCCUGGUUGCCACGGCGAUGGUCUGCAUGCUGUCCAACAUCCUGCUGCUGCUUCCUGAUCUGAAGAUCCACUUCCUGUUGGAAGGUCAUGUGACCAGAGAGGCCACAUGGGCCACAGGCCUGUGGGGGUCCGGACUCCUGGUUCUGUUCGCAGCGCGAGCCUUUCUGCAGAGCAGCGAGACCCGAGGCUGCUGCGCUUUCAGGUGCCAGAUGUGCUCCCGGCUGCUGUUCUCCUUUGUGUGUCUCUUGUCUGGCGGGGUUCUGCUGUCUGGUGAGUCUGACCGGUCUGUCCCAGGGUCCUCUCUGUCUCUACCACGACUCCUCUGGACCCACCCGUGCCCCGGCUGA